UUAGAUCUAAUUGAGUCAAAGAGGAGGCUUCAACCUUGCCAGCUGCUUUUGAAUGAAACUCUACAAGCUCACAUUAUACACAUCAAUACAUGUAUAUAAAGCACCAGGCCAGCUAUAAAUACGUACAUGUAUAUUAGAGAGAGAGAGAGAGAGAGAGAGCGCGCGCGCGCUAUAUGUGUGUCUAGAGAGAUGGGAGAGGACCUCAAGAAACGCAAGAGUGAGAGAGUGAUGAAAGCAGAAGCGCAAGCGGAGUUUACGAAUGGAAGCUCCGGCAAGAGAAGAAAACUUCAAUCCGAUUCCGUUCGCUUUGAAAACCAUGACGUGAACUUCACUGAGAAUUUGGUUUCACCGGAGGAUUCUAUAACCUCCGACUGCUCUAAGGAUCACGAGUCAAACGGCUUCAUAAAAGAGAGCCUAAGUUCAACAGAUCUGAAGUCCGUGGAAUUUGAAACUGAAAUUUCCAUAUCCAUCAACAACGUUUCCAGUAGAAAAACGACGCCAACAAAAGAGCUUUACGGAGACUCCGAAGAAUCAGAAAUGGAGUCGGAAGAAUCAGAAAUCGAGUAUUCGUCCCAAUCAGAGAAAACGCCACCACCACCGGCAAAUACUCGCCGGAUAAUUUCAGUGGCGGAGGAAAAAAUGCCAUCAGAGGCGGAGCUGGAAGAGUUCUUUGAAGCAGCAGAAAAGUUGCAGCAAAAACGAUUUGCUGAAAAGUACAACUAUGAUAUAGUGAAGGACGUUCCUAUGGAAGGCAAGUACCAAUGGGUUCGUUUGAAUCCAUGAAUGAAAGUGAAUACCAAAUGAAGCAAAAAGGCAUCUUCUCAUUUUAUAUUAAUUAUUAUCAUAAACAAUUAGCUAGCUGGCUCAAUGUAUAGCAAUUUCCUUAUUUAUGUUCUCAUGGGAUAGAUAGAAGUCUCAAUGAUUUGUUCAGAUGAAAGUAGUUGCAGUAGUACUUUUUGGGCACUUUCUAUCUGGAUUUGUGAAUGGUAUUUUCAAAUUUGUGUGCUUCUUCUAUAGUACAAUGAAGGAUUUGAAUUCUUAUGUGUGUUUUGCUUUUGAAAUUGAAAAGGGUGUUUUGUUUGGGCUUA